CAAUUCAGGCGUCCAAAAUUCCCCCAAGUUCCCUCUGCAUCUUCUUCUUCUUCUCGCCUUGUACUUCUCCGUUCCGAGCCAUGCUUCCGGCUCUUUCUAACCAACGCACCCACACUCACCACUCCCAAUCUCUCUCUCGUCUUCUCAAACGAAACCAUUCUCACUUCCGGCCAGGAGAUACCAAAACGAUGCCGUUUCGGUCUCCACCGAGGUCGAAACUAUCAACCAAGCUUCUCAACAUAAGCAUAUCCUCGCUGUGCAAAGCGAAGCAAAUAUCCAAAGCCGAAUCCGUAAUAACCGACGGCAUAAGAAUCGGCGUGCUCCCCGACGCGGUCACAUACAACACCCUAAUUGAUGCCUACUGUCGUUUCGCCUCAAUCGAUGUCGCUUACUCCGUCCUUGCGCGAAUGCGCGAAGCAGGGAUUGACCCCGACGUCGUUUCGUACAAUUCGUUAAUCUCCGGCGCCGUCAGAAAGUGUAUGCUCUCCCAGUCCCUCGACCUUUUCGAAGAAAUGCUGGCGCGUGGCGUAACCCCCGACGCGUGGAGCCACAACAUCCUAAUGCACUGUCUCUUCAAGCUCGGGAAGCCCUACGAGGCAAAUCGCGUUUUCAAAGAAUCCGUUCUCCGCGGCGAGGUUCACGCCACCACUUACAACGUCAUGAUUAACGGUCUCUGCAAGAACGGUUACGUCUCCCACGCCUUGAGCCUAUUCAGGAACUUACAGAGGCACGGUUUCGUGCCUCAGGUUUUGACCUACAACGCGCUUAUCAACGGGCUCUGCAAGGCCAAGCGGUUGAAGGACGCGCGGACGGUGCUCAAGGAGUUUGGGGAAUCCGGUUACGAACCGAACGCGAUUACCUACACCACCGUCAUGAAGUGCUGCUUCCGGUGCGGUUACUUCGAGCAGGGGUUAGAGAUUUUGUCGGAGAUGAGGAAUUUAGGGUUCACGUUUGACGGAUUCGCAUACUGCACGGUGAUUGCGGCGAUGAUUAAGACUGGCCGGAUGCGCGAGGCGGAGGAGAUAAUUGAUAUCAUGGUGAGUACCGGCAUUCGGCCAGAUCUCGUGUCAUAUAACACUUUGAUUAACCUUUAUUGCAGGCAGGGGAGGUUGGAGGAUGCAUUGAAAUUGUUGGAUGAGAUUGAGGAGGAGGGGUUGGAGUGUGAUCAGUACACGCAUACUAUUAUUGUUGAUGGAUUGUGUAAGGCUGGUGAUUUUGAUGGUGCUCAGAAGCACUUGAAUUAUAUGAAUACAUUGGGGUUUGGAUAUAACUUGGUUGCGUUUAAUUGUAUGCUUGAUGGCUUGGGGAAGGCUGGGCAUAUCGAUCAUGCUGUGAAGUUGUUUGAGGUGAUGGAGGUGAAGGAUUCGUUUACUUAUACUAUAUUGGUGCACAAUCUUUGCCGGGCGGGGAGGUUCCUUUGUGCCUCGAAGGUACUGGUUUCGUGUUUGAAAGGUGGAUACCAGGUGUUGAGGGCCACUCAGCGGGCGGUUCUUGAUGGCCUCCGCAGUAUUGGGUUUACUAAUGAAGCGCGGAAGCUUCGGUCGAGAAUCAGAUUGGCACGGCUUAUGUCUUGAAUGUGUGUCAGUUACUGUAAGAAAUUUUGGAGGUGUGGUGAUUAUUUGAGGGACCUAUGUUGGAGUGAAGUUAGGCAACAAAAGAACGGUACUCUGAUAUGUGGGUCGCACAGUUGAUGAUCAGCAUAACUGCUGUUCAAAAGCAGCUGUUAACCUUCUACUGCAAGAAAAUUAAGUAUGUUAUUGCUUAGAUGGAAGCUAAUACGAUACUGCAACAAGAUUCUACUUGGGAGCCAAAAUUGCUUGUUGAGGAGUUGAUCACGGCUAGAGCUACAGAUCAGGUAUGCUUCCAUUGCAUCAAAUUAUCUUGGUCACUGUUUCACGUGGAUUUGAAAUUUGUUUAUUGGCUGAAAAAUGGAGCUGGUUCCAAUAUUAUUGGCUCGAACAUGAGGUUGAGUGUCAUUUUCCCAAACCUCAAGAAGGAAGUAUGUUAUCUACCUGUUGAUUUGUUCAUUAAUGUGGCUAGUCUUCCUACACUACAUUUCGUCGACAUUGUUAUAGAAAAAGCACACAGUUCUGCAUAACAGCCAAGAAUGAGGUGUAAUGUAUCAUGCAAAUAGUUGAAACAAAGAUGGUGGCAUAUAGCUUGAAAAAUAUUGGUUAUGUUAGUACUACCUUGAGGUUCUAUUAUACUACAACCAUAUAUGUUAUGGUUAUGCUCUGUAGUUGCAACAUAAUUUGGGUUAUUAGCCACACUUGGUCUGUGAUUCAGACAACUAACGAUAUAAAGGGGAAGCCGUUGAUUAGGCAACUGUAGAUCCAUCUCCCAAUUUGUUGGAAGGGUCCAAAGCCUUUCAAAUCUCGACAUGAUGUUACUGGCAAUAUAAGCCACCGGUACUCAGCAUCACAAAUUCAAAGAAUUCGUUGCUGCAAAUACACGACCAGAGGCUUAUAUAAUUGUCACUGUGAGCACCUUUCAUGGCUAUGAUAUGAGUCUAUGAUCUACAUCUCUCCUUCUCUUUAAUGAAAGGAAUACAGGGAUUUGUGUCUACUAUCUGACAUGCUACCCUUUUCCAGAAACAUGGUAAUGUCUACUUGGGGAUUCUAGAUUGCUUUGAAAUAGGAUUGGAAAUAUUAACAUAAUUGGAGGUGAGAAAUAUUAAAUUCAAAUAAAAUAUUAAAUAUAAGGAAAUCUUGUUUUUUAUUUUUUAUUUUAGUUUAUUGUAUUGCAUUUUCUUUUGCUCUUAACAGAUAUCUCUUUAUAAGGUUAGAUAGUGAUUUGUGACAACGAGAAACAACAUCUGAUUGGAUGGGUCUCUGCAUAUUUUGAUAGACUUUCCAAGUCAUAAAUCAGUCUAAUGUGAUUUUUUUAGUUGAUACUGUUGAUAGAGCUUUUUUCAACUUAUGCAGAUGUUUAUUUCUGUUUGCUCUGCAUGGCAUCCAGAGAGGAGAAUGAAUGCACACAAAAUAAUGUCUUAGGGUAUUCAAAAAGUGGUAAACUCUAAUAUAUAUUGUAAAAAAUGGUCUGAAAAACAAAAUUAUUGAACAAAUAAUAUAAAAUACUAUUAAUUUGAAUGAAUUGAAUUUUUAGAAUCUAAUACAAUCCAAUGUAACUAAAACUUG